UUGAUUAAAACUGUUAACUAGAGAUGGUAUUAACAUUGAUCGAACAUUCAGUGUGUCUAUACUCUUGGAGAUGGCGCACCGCUUUACCAAUUCUUACUAAGGGGUGCAAUGUAGGUAGUAGGUUCAUAAAGUGAGUGUGAGGGACAUGAAGGGUGGUCGACAGCAACGCCAGAAGUAUCGCCUACUUAGUCGACAUAAUUUUUUGCGGUAAAAGAAAGUUGUCCUCUUAAUUGGGACAUCAUGUCAGGCGGCGAGGGGUCUUCCGCUAAUAACGUCCCAAUCAAUUCUAACGAUGAAACUGAUAAAACUAAUGAUGACUUAAAUUGUGACAAACAUAGAACAACAAUGACAAUAAUGGGUGACGGAACCAGGCGAAGAAAGGUCAUGCAUGCGGCAAAGGAGACCCUUGAUAAGGCAUCUCGAUUAUUAAGGAAAAAAGUACCAUGUACAGGUCACUUGAUGACCCCCCGCCGUCUAUGGAUUCAAAAGGUUCCAACCCAGGAAUGCGACGUCGUUAUUAUGUUUCCAAGUGGAGCAAGCGAUGAAACUUUAACUUGGCUUCUGGGUAGACUGCGAACAGGAUCUCCAGGAUUAGUUGUACAUGUUCGCCACCUAGCAUCGUCCGAUAGUUAUGGAUUUUAUUUAACUGCCCCAUUUCCUGUUCUCCUAAAAGCUGCAGAAGAAAUUCACCUUCCAAAGCCCUUGAGACAAGAAUUUGGUGGUGGUUUAAAAGAAUUCGUAGGUUCAAUGGUAUCAUGCUUUGAAAACAGCAGCGAUGAAUUGCAGUUCUUCACUACGCAGGAAAGACAGUCACUCCUUUUACACAUUCUGCAAUCUCUCCGAGCCACUUCAAAAGAUAGUUGUAAUGUGCCUGCUCUAAAGCUGGUUGAAGGGCAGGCUAUAAUUCCGAAAUGUCUAUCGAUGGGAAUAAUUUCACAGGUAUUUCCGCUUCAUGAGCUGCCCGCCUUGGAAAAAUUGCAAAAAACGUGGGUCCAGGCCUUCAUGAGUCCUCAACCUUUAGAUGAUAUUUGUAAAUAUUUUGGAGUAAAAAUUACAAUGUAUUUUGCAUGGCUAGGACACUACACUACCGCACUAAUUGUUCCAGCAGCAGUGGGUGUCAUAUAUUGGGUCGGCAUCAUUGGUAGGAAUCAAGCGGUGGAAGAUGUAGCGUAUGUCCUAUUUUCAAUUUUUAAUGUAAUUUGGGCUACCGUCUACUUAGAGGCUUGGAAGAGAAGAGGAGCAGAGCUAGCAUACAGAUGGGGUACACUAGAUCAAAGGGAUGAUUUGCUAAUAGAACCAAGACCUUUAUUUAGGGGCACCUUAUCAAUUUCACCAGUGACAGGGAGAUUGGAACCAACGUAUCCAAGGUGGAAAAGAAACAUUUUUCGUUAUUUCAUCAGCGUUCCUAUCGUUGCCAUCUGCUUGUUCGUCGUUUUCAUUAUAAUGAUACUCAGUUUUCAAAUACAGGUAAAAAAUAUUUUUAUUUUAAAGAAUUAUAUUUUAAAUGAAACUAUUAACAGAUUCUAUAACAGAGAUCAAUUACCGUUUCAGGACUGGUGGGAUAAAAAAUUGGGAACUUCAGGAUACUGCUUUUGGCUGAGCUAUGUUCCAAAGGUUUUACUUGCAAUUGUGAUAGCUCUCAUGGAUGAGGCAUACUUUAAAGUCGCUGUUUGGCUGAAUGAUAUAGAAAACUAUCGUCUUGACUCGGAGUACGAAAAUCAUCUGAUCUACAAAGUCGCACUGUUUCAGUUUGUGAACUCCUUCCUGUCCUUAUUCUACAUCGCUUUUUAUAUACAAGAUCAGGAAAAACUUAAGGAGCAAUUGGCUGCUCUCUUAAUAGCUCGACAAAUAAUUGGAAAUUUAAAGGAAUCGGCAAUACCUUAUUUGAUAGAACAGCUACGUUUAGCUCGUAUGAGUUUUAAGAUGUUUGGAGCAUUAAGCCCUACUGAUACUAAAGAGUCUCUUGUAAAAGAAUCAGAAGAAGAUCAUCAAAUUUCUCCUAAUGAUGAAACAGACGAGAAGGAGAAAAAGGAACUCAGGAAAGGAAAGCAACCUAGAAACGUUUGCCAAGCAGAACUGGAGAGUUCUCUCUACAGAUAUGAUGGCGCAUUUUCAGAACACUUGGAGAUGCUGUCACAACUUGGAUAUGUUUGUCUCUUUUCUUCAGCGUUUCCACUGGCUGCUCUAGCAGCAUUAUUAGGAAAUCUUUUAGAACUUAGAGGAGAUGCUUUUAAAUUGUGUUUUGUUCUUCAACGUCCGUUUGGUCGCAGAGUUCCAAAUAUUGGAACAUGGCAAAACGCUAUGGAAGCAAUGAGCCUUAUUGCAAUUUUGGUCAAUUGUGGAUUAAUUAGUUUAAGCGGUCAAGUACAACGAAUGUUUCCGGAAAUGUCAGCUACUCAAACAAUACUUUUAAUAGUGGCAUUAGAACACAUCAUGAUAGCAAUCAGAUUUAUAAUUAUUUCUGCCGUUCCUGAUAUUCCAAGUUGGGUAGCAACAGAAAUGGCAAAAGUUGAAUUUUUAAGAAGAGAGGCAGCUCAGAAGCUUUCCUCAACACCAUCAUCUGAUCAUAAUUCGCCAACAGUUAUAGGAAGAUUCGUAGUGAGUCCAACAGGAGAUAAUGGUGAAGAAAAAUUCGAACUUAAUGUAAAUGAGUCUGAAGACUUAAAUACUAAAGUUAAGACAGAAAGAGGUACACCAGAUGAUCAGGCUGCCAAUAUUCUGAGUGAUUUUAGAAUUUCAAAGACAACUCCUACAGCUCCUGUAAAUAAUGAUGGCGGCAGUGAUUCCAGCACUUCUUUCAUUUUAAAUAACAAUUCUUCUAGUUCUCAAGACCUACAUACUCUACCAAGAGGUUCUAUCCCUGGAGGAGAAAAAGGUAGAAGACCAAGUGAAUGGUUAAAAACUGAGCCUGAAUCAUCGUGCAGUGAUGAGAAUUUCCGACAUCAUGUGACAAUUGGCCCUCAUGGAGGCAUUGAUUGGAUACGUAAGUUGGGGUUGGAAUCAACUGGAAGAAAAUCUAGCGAUUCCGAAAUAAAUGAGACAAAAACACGAAGAGGCAAUGCAGAUGAGUUAUUGUUGUACAAGUCUACAGACUGUAUUGUUUCUAAAGAUUUCGGUUCUUCUUCAGACAGUGAUCUACGCUCUGCACUGCCAUGGUCUUUAACACAUCGAAGUAAGAAAAUUAAAGUAUCACCUGACAAAGAUACAGCGAAAGAAACUGCUAAUAAAAGUCAUCAACAACAUUAUCAGCAUCAAGAACAUCAACCCCAUCAUCAGACAAAAGAAUUAAGUACACAUCAUCACUAUUCUUACGGGGAAAAAGAGUCAGCAGGAGUUUCAGAUUCUAGUAAAACAGUAUCUAAUCAAGAGGAAGAAAAAUCAGCGAAAGAAGAAAAAGAAGCGAAGAAGACACGAGUUAAGCAAAGUUUGAUGAAACGGGCUAGGUCAGUGGCAAUAUUCUCAUUAAAAUUAAAAGAAAGAAGAGCUAGGGAAGCUGAGGUGAAGGCUAAAGAAGUAGAAAAAGAAGCCAGGUGGCAACAACCCCAAUCGUUAGGGGUUGGUGGUGAACUCUCAUGUAUUCCAAUAGAAAAACUUAUUUCUGUAGAUGAUAUUGCCGCCAUGGAUGUCCGCAGAAUGAAUCACUAGUCAAUUACAAGCUUUCUUUAAUUUCUGUUAACAAGUAGGAAAUUUUAAAUUUAAUAAAAAAUAAAAAGGCGACGAUAGAAAAUUGAGUGAAAUGUACAAUAUCCUAAAUGAAAAUUCAAUAUCGCCAACUCAGCUAAUUUUAGGACAUCCAAUAAAUGAUUAGGUUAAAUUAUUUUUUAUAAUCAAAUAAUCAAUUACUUAUAUUUAUAAUUUUAUAAUCUUUUUUAUAACCUUACUUAAGUUUGUGGUAUAUAAUCCCUUGCUGCUUAACUGGACAGAUAAAUUGUUAUUUACUGCAUAAUAUUCAUGGUAAGGAAACCAUUUGUCAAGCUACAAAGGUUCUUUUUGCCUGCAAGUAGUGAAAAAUAUUUAUAAUUUUUAUCAUGUGAUGCAAAUGUAAAACAAUGAACUGGGUUAUAUUUUACAUCCACUAUUUUAUUGUCAAUAUAAUAUAUUUCUACUUAUUUACUAUCGCAAGUCAAUAACUAAAACAGCCUUCAAACCUUAUAAAAAUAUUUCUAUAUUUAAAGGAAUAAAAUGGUUCUGUUGUAUAUCGUAUGCCAAACAUUUUUUUAUCUUAAUAAUUUUUCUACAUUUUGCAAAAGUUAAUAUUCUAAAACGAAGAACAGUAUGACUGAUUUUGUUGAAUUUCGGCACUGAAUUUUCAAAAAUAAGGGAUUGAGUUCUAGGGUUAGCCAAGUUGACGAUAUGGAUUUGAAUCUGAUUUCAAAGAUUCGGAUUACAUGGAGAAAGUCUUGAACUCAUGUGAGCAAAAUAAUCAUGCUUGCGAAAUGCGUGUAUUGGUUAAAAUGACGAACAGAAACUGGAUUAAAAUUGGUUCUUACCUGUUUCUGUUGGCUAUAAGAAUCAUAUAAUUAUGCUAAAACAAGUUGAAUUAACUAAAAAGGAAAUAAAAGUAAAAGUAAUUUAAAAGUGUCUACUAGAAAAACUCAAUACAUUGACAUUUUCUGAACAUGAGCAAUCAAACUAAAACAGCUUGUAUAAAUUAUAAAAUUUAAAAAUUUGUAUAUCUAGAACAUAAACUUAACUAUCUUCGAAGCUAAAAAGAAAUGUUGCUUAAAGAAUUAAAGUAUUUCUUUUUAAUUUCAUUUCUUGUUUAGCACGUUGCUAUUCAAGCAAAUUGAGCCCGUUAAUAUUUCUAAAAUCAUUUAAAGUAAAGUCUGACAGAUAGAAAAUGAACUGAUAAGCACAAAAUAAUGAGCAAGUGUAGAAAUGAAAAUCUAACAUAUGCCGGGAAAAAGCGAAUAUGAAGCAUGCAUCUAAGUCGUUACCGGUUUCUGUUUAACAUUUUAAGCAGUGUUGACCCGCACAUCAUUCUGAUAAUUUCUAUUAUCAAAAAUUUUAAGAUAAAAAACAAUUUCAGUGAUAUAAAAUUAUUAAUUUCAUUUUGUCUACUUUAUUUUAUUAAGUCAUGUGAAAGAAAUUGACGAACAAGUAUGUAAAUUAAAAAAAAUCGUAAAAUAUCUGUAAUUCACGAAACUAUAAUUUUUUACAUAAUAUGAAAACAGUUUGCAAAAUAUUAAUUGUUAGACCAAUGUGUGGGACAACACAUUAAACUACACAAGAAUUAUGCGUGGCUUCCACACGAGGCGCAUUUUUUGUAAGUAAAAUAAGAUAAUGAAAUUUUUACUUAGUAAAGUAAAUGAAUACAAAA